CGGAUAUCGCAGGGGAAAUCGCCAACCUUACAGCAUGGCUCGUUGCAACACGAACUGAGAUCGCAGCUACAAUACUUUAUACUUUAUGAAUCGCAAUGUCUUUACCACAUGCUGGGUCAGUUAUAGAGGCUCAGGCAUCUCCUUCGCAGUCAUAUAGCGAUGAUCCAAGCCCUCAGAGCGAACCGCCGAAUAGCGACACCUACCCACAGAGCUCCCGUGCUUCUUUAAGCGGAGGCUUACGCGAACCAAUAUCCUUCAAACGAAAACAGAAGCAGCGAUCCAGGUUCAGCCUCUCGCGCCUUUUCCCUGGUGAAUCGACAAGAGACACCGGCUUCGGCUCUCCGAAUCGCGACAGACAGCCCCCGAACGGCCACUCACUAUCGUCGCGCGACGUUUCGAACAGCAACGGAAAUGUGAACCACAAGGAUUCGGGCUUUCUGGAUUGGUAUGUGGAGGGGCCAGGUAGACGGGUAGGAUAUGACGACCUUACGGCAAUCGAUUGGAUUUUUGAAUACACAAAAGAGCGACAAAGAAAACGACUGCUCUACGCAAAUGGACAGGGACUUGUUGGAUAUGCGCGCAAAAUACUGGAUGCAAGCAAUGUUUGGAUUGUGUUGAUCGCGACGGGAAUUCUUGUUGGCAUCAUCGCCGCCUGCAUCGAUGUCUCAAGUGACUGGCUAGCCGAUCUCAAAACUGGCUAUUGUAGGAACGGGGCAGGAGGAGGUAGGUUCUAUCUGAAUCGGAGCUUCUGCUGCUGGGGGCAUGAUGACAUUAAUAAUUGUUUGGAUUGGACGCCUUGGAGAAAAGCCCUAGGAGUCACUUCACGCGGUGGCGGCUAUGCCGUUGAAUAUGUUUUUUAUAUUCUCUACUCUAUGUUCUUCGCCGUCUGCGCAUGUGUCCUAGUCAGGACAUACGCCAUAUAUGCUAAGCACAGUGGUAUCCCCGAGAUCAAGACCGUUCUUGGCGGUUUUGUCAUUAGACACUUCAUGGGGCCUUGGACCCUCGCUAUCAAAUCUUUGGGCUUGUGCUUGGCUGUCGCAUCUGGUAUGUGGCUUGGCAAAGAGGGACCUCUUGUCCAUGUCGCGUGUUGCUGUGCGAGUUUGAUAAUGAAGCCAUUUCAUAGUCUCAAUCACAACGAAGCGAGGAAACGAGAGGUCCUUUCCGCUGCCGCCGCUGCCGGGAUUUCUGUGGCCUUCGGAGCGCCCAUCGGAGGUGUUCUAUUUAGCUUGGAGCAACUAAGCUAUUACUUUCCCGACAAGACUAUGUGGCAGAGCUUCGUAUGUGCCAUGGUUGCCUCUGUGACCUUGCAUGCGCUCGACCCAUUCCGCACCGGCAAUAUAGUUCUCUACCAAGUCAAGUACACGCAUGGGUGGCACCGCUUUGAAAUUAUCCCAUUCGUCAUACUUGGUAUCGUCGGAGGAAUUUAUGGAGCCUUUUUCAUCCGACUGAACAUGAAGGUAGCCAAUUGGCGGCGUUCCCUACGUGUCCCCCGACCGAUUCUGGAGGUAUCCGCUGUAGCUCUUCUGAGUUCAUUGAUCAACUUUCCAAAUCUUUUCAUGAAAGCUCAGAACUCGGAGCUCGUGCAUUCUCUAUUUGCGGAAUGUAGCACCGGGACUGAAGAUCCGUUCGGCUUCUGUAAGGUUGGUGCGGUAUCGGCUAGUACGGUUGCUCUUCUGCUGGGAGCUGCUAUUCUUGGCUUUUUCCUCGCAUCGAUUACCUUUGGGUUGGACAUCCCUGCUGGCAUAAUCCUUCCCUCAAUUGCCAUUGGCGCUCUCUAUGGCCGGGCUCUCGGCAUCGUCUUUCGGAUGUGGCAGCAAGCUUUCCCUAAAUUCUUCCUGUUUGGCAGUUGCGAGCCGGAUGUACAGUGCGUGACUCCAGGGAUAUAUGCUAUCAUUGGAGCAGCUUCAGCCCUCGGCGGCGCCACCAGAAUGACCGUGUCGAUUGUGGUCAUCAUGUUCGAACUCACAGGUGCUCUAACCUACGUCAUUCCCAUCAUGAUUGCAGUCAUGCUGUCCAAAUGGUGUGGUGAUAUCUUCGGGAAGCGUGGUAUCUACGAGUCUUGGAUUCAACUCAAGGAAUAUCCGUUCCUUGAUCAUCGCGAUGACACCGCUCCACCCGAUGUGUCUGCUCAAAAAGUAAUGACGUCCAUUGAUGACCUGACAGUCAUCACUGCCGUUGGGCAUACGAUCGACAGCCUCCGCAAUCUUCUCCUGACCACGUCCUACCGUGGAUAUCCGGUUGUUACAGACAUGUCGAAUCCCGUUCUUCUGGGCUACAUCUCACGCAACGAGCUUUCCUACGCGCUGAAGUACGCAGCGUCACCUUCCGAUACUGAAUUAUUAAACACGGCGCAGGUGUUCUUUACGCACCAACCAUUCGCAGACCCAAGCGAGACCCUGGAUCUGAGGCCGUGGAUGGAUCAAACGCCGAUCACGCUCAACAGCAACACCACCUUUCUCAUUGUUCUACGAAUGUUCCAACGACUCGGUCUGCGGUACGUUCUAUUUGCCGACAGGGGUGUCCUGCAGGGCCUGCUCACCAAGAAGGAUGUUUGGUCGAUAGUCAGUGGGUCAAGCUCCCACAAGGACGAAACCCUACUUGAGCGAACUUUCACUCAGCCAAGUGCCGCGGAGGAAGUUGGCUUACUUGGUGAUGAUGACGGCACAAGUCUUGCCAGCUCCAUUGAGCGGCGGCAAUCUCUGUAAAAUGACGCAGGAAAACACCGGGCGCAAUGAUUUACAUGAUAUGUGACUUCGCUUUAUGGACGGAGCCAGGCUUAAGUAUCUAUCUAUUUUUUGAAUACUUCUCUGCACAUGUUGCUGUAAUCUUAGACUUUUUCAUGAUUGGUGUGGUC